UGAAAUCAUAACUAUUUUGUAAUGGUCAGUUCACAUAAGCCAUAACCACGCGUCUCUGCUACUUUACAUUACAUCCAAUCUCUCGUGAAACAACAACUGCUUCUUCCACCACUAUGACUACGACCACCACAACCGCGGAUAACAACGGCGGCAAAACGCAAACGCACAAGAAACAAGUGAGAAGACGACUCCAUACGAGCCGUCCUUACCAAGAGCGUCUCCUUAACAUGGCCGAAGCUCGUCGAGAAAUCGUCACCGCCUUAAAACAACACCGCGCUUCCAUGAGGCAAGCCGCCAAGAUUCCACCGCCUCCACCGCCGCAUAUUCCUUUUUCUGCGCCGCCGCCUCCACCUCCUCGUCCGGAUCCAUUUUCUUGGUCGAGUUCACAUCUCAACUUCCUCCUCCCCAAUAAACCACUAGGGCUGAACCUCAACUUACACGACUUCAACGAUUUCAUCCAAACCUCUUCGACAUCAUCAUCAUCGUCGUCAAAUUCUCCUUCAUCAUCCUCAGUAAUGUUUCCGACGACGUAUCCUCAAUUCUACUCCUCCCCUUCCCCUCCCCUUCCCACCUUCGCCGCUACAACAGAAUCGGUUCAUCACCAACCGCCAAAGCAGCUGAUGGAAUCGGAGAACGUGGUGACGUCAGCUUGGUGGUCAGAGCUCAUGAUGAAGUCGGUGGAAGAUGACGUGUUCCCGAAGUUAAGUGACGUGAUGGAGUUUCCUUCGUGGUUAAAUACAACAGAUGAAGAAGAAUUGUUUCAUCCUCACAAUCUCACCCAUUAUUACUCAUCCCCUCACAAUCCUCCAUUGUCCUGUAUGGAGUUUGGAGAGAUUGAGAGCAUGGAUGGAGACGACUGGCUUGCUUGAAACCACAAAGAGUGAUUCAUGUCUCUUUUUUUCAGACAUGGUAAAUCAACUCUUUGGUUCUUUGGUUCUUUACUUCUCUACUUCUUUUCUUAUUUAUUUGUGUUCCUUUCUGAUUUUUCUUUUCGUUCGGAGACAUAAGAAAGACAUUUUGAAUCUUUAAGAAUAACAGCAAGCUUGGGGAUAAAAA